UGACUCAAUUUUUUAGCAUCACGAGUUUUAGUUUCCGAUCCAGUUAUAUUCUCUUCCGCCAAUGCAAUGCGCGGCGCUGGAGCGCCGAGCGCCGAAUGUCGAGCGCUCUCGCAAACUUUGCAUGGUUUUGCUUUUUAUUUCGUAAAUUGUUUACUGUAUGAUUUAGUCUUUGUUAUUACAUCAAUCUAUUUAUGUAUAUAUGAGUGAAUUUAAAUACAAACAAAAAAUUUAAUAAAGAUGUGUAUCAAUCUCCAAAUGCGUACUAUAGAUUACAUUCAUAUAUACCGUGACCGUACAACUAAUAUAAAAAUUAUUAUUAACCUACAAGUAUUGUUUUAAUAAGCUUACAGCUGCUAAAUAUAAUAUUUAAUUGUUAUUUUUUUAUUUUUCUUUCAUAGUGAUCAAAACUGAUUAAAAACUUAAUUAUUUCUUAUCAGUUAUGUUCUUUGAAAAUUUAGCAAAAGCAAAUUUGUUCAUUUAAUCACUAUACAGAAUUUUCAUCAAAUAUGGCUGAACCGUCUUUGAAGAAAUUGAAAACUGUUGAUCUAGUGGAACAAAUAAAUGAGCAGAGAAAAAGUACUGCAGAAAAUAUCUUAAAAUUUAAUUUUAAUAAAAAGAGAGUAAGAGUUUUGACAGAUUUAGAUGAAGUAGCAGUAAAGUCUAAGGGAAUUGUUUAUUGGAUGUUUAGAGAUGCCAGAGUCCAAGACAAUUGGGCACUUCUUUUUGCUCAAAAAACUGCAUUGAAAAAUAAAGUACCUCUUCAUGUAUGUUUUUGUAUACUGCCCAAAUUUCUUGAUGCUACAUUGCGCCAUUAUAAAUUUUUACUAGAAGCUUUAAAAGAAGUGGACAAAGAUUGUCAAGCAUUGAAUAUUAAUUUUCAUCUUUUGCAUGGAGAACCAAAUAAUGUGAUUGUUGAUUUUGUAAAAAAAUAUAAAAUGGGAGCAUUAGUAGCAGAUUUUUUCCCAUUAAGGCUACCUUUACAUUGGGUUGAUGAUAUAAAAAAACAACUUCCAAUAGAUGUACCGUUUUGUCAAGUUGAUGCACAUAAUAUUGUUCCCUGUUGGAUUGCAUCUGAUAAAUUGGAAUAUGCAGCACGUACUAUUAGGAAUAAGAUAAAUUCAAAACUUAAAGAAUUUCUUACUGAGUACCCUCCUGUAAUAAAACAUCCAUAUGUAUCAGAUCAAAAGUUUCCGCAAAAUAAAUGGGAUACUGCAUUAGAUGCUAUAUUAGUUGAUAGAACUGUUGAUAAAAUUAGUUGGGCUAAGCCAGGAUAUAAAGGAGGCAUUGCUGAACUUGACAGUUUCAUAAAAAAACGUCUUCAUAUAUAUAAUGAAAAAAGAAAUAAUCCAGUUGUUGAUGCAUUGAGUAAUUUAUCUCCAUGGUUUCAUUUUGGAAUGAUUUCUGUACAAAGGUGUAUUUUGGAGGUAGCUAAGUUCAAAACUCAAUUUAAAGAUUCAGUUGAAGCUUUCAUGGAGGAGGCAAUUAUUCGUAGAGAAUUAAGUGAUAAUUUUUGUUUUUACAAUCAAAAUUACGAUAGUCUGGAGGGAGCUUAUGACUGGGCCAAAGAGACACUAAAUCAGCAUCGAAAGGAUAAAAGAGAAUAUAUAUAUACGCUUGAAGAAUUUGAAAAAGGAUUAACGCAUGAUGAUUUAUGGAAUUCUGCUCAAAUCCAAUUAAUAAAUGAAGGAAAAAUACAUGGUUUUCUUAGAAUGUAUUGGGCUAAAAAAAUUCUUGAGUGGACUCCAACACCACAGGAUGCUCUCAAAUGGUCUAUCUACUUAAAUGAUAAGUAUAGUAUGGAUGGGCGAGAUCCAAAUGGAUAUGUUGGUUGCAUGUGGUCCAUUUGUGGAAUCCAUGAUCAAGGCUGGAGAGAAAGAGAAGUUUUUGGCAAAAUUCGUUAUAUGAAUUAUAAAGGUUGCGAGAGAAAAUUUGAUGUAAGAGCGUUUGUAAACAAAUAUGGAGGAAAGGUUCACACAAAGAAUGAAAAAUUGUUCAAAGUUGAUAAAAAGAAGAAAAAGUGAUCUAAAGUAAAUACAGAUAGUUUAUUGAAAUUAUAUUCUUUCUAUUACAAAUAAUAACAGUAUUACUAGACAAAGGAGCAUAAUUAUUAAUUAUUUUAAGACAAGAGUCAAACAUAAAAAAACUUAGCUUUGAGAUUUUAAACUUUUGAAUCAGCCGUCCAUAUUGUAUCAUAUAAUGUAAGGUUCGCAAAGUAUAUGCACGAGGAAAUAAAGUUAUUGCGUUUCUUCUUACUGUUUUUUAUAAAUAAAGGAAUAAGAUUUCUAUUUGUGAAAAUACAAUUAGCUAGUCAAGGACCAUUUCUAAUAUAUUUUCUGUAAAAAUUUUGAAAUAUAAGCUAUCUAUAACUUUUUACGUCCUACUUGUAUUUAUAGAAACUUUAAAACAAUCAAUAAAUUAUAGAUUCAAUUGAUUUGCAUUUGCUUCUUAGUAUUAAAUGAUAUUCAUCAAUAAUCACGGUUUUAGAUAUUUGUUUCCUAUCACUC